AUGUCUCUCAAAAAUGCCACGGUACAACCAAAGUUCGUUCACAAGCCGCCCUUCAGUCUUGAAGCUCCAGGCUAUGAACAUGUAGAUGGAGAGACGAUCCCGCGAAGACAUCCGCUAUGCGUCAACAAGCUCCAGGAGCGCCCUUCCGAGGAUAUUGUGACCGUUUUCGACAUUGUCAAACGCAGCGCGGAGAAGUUUGGCAAUGCGAAGGCUGUCGGCUCCCGGAAGCUCCUCAAGACUCACCAAGAGACGAAGAAGGUCAAGAAGAUGAUCGAUGGCCAGGAGCAGGAGGUUGACAAGAAGUGGACAUAUUUCGAGCUCAGCGGGUACGAGUACAUGAGCUUCCACGACUACGAGAAAUUGAUCCUGCAGAUCGGCGCUGGGUACCGAAAGCUUGGACUGAACAAGGACGACCGAGUCCACAUCUUCGCUGCGACGAGUGCCCACUGGCUUGCGACGGCUCAUGGUGCCUGUUCUCAAUCGAUGCCCAUUGUCACCGCAUAUGACACUCUUGGUGAGUCUGGUCUCGAGCACUCACUGGUCGCAACCAAGGCCAAGGCCAUUUUCUUGGAUCCCCAUCUACUGCCAACGCUUAUAAACCCUCUUAAGGAGGCCACCGAUAUCAAGUAUGUUAUCUGGAACAGUCAGAAUGAGGUCAAAAAAGAGAACAUCGACGCUCUCAAGAAGGCUCACGACCGCCUUACCAUCCUAAGCUUCGAGGAGCUCCGGAAGCUGGGAGAAGACAACCCCGUGGACCCCGUCCCACCUACUGCAGAUGAUCUUUGCUGUAUCAUGUAUACUUCCGGUUCUACUGGACCGCCAAAGGGUGUGCCCCUCAGACACAAGGCUGUGGUUGGUGCAGUUGCUGGUGUUAGUGUCAUUGUUGAACCGUAUCUCGGCCCUGGUGACGGUCUUUUGACCUACCUCCCUCUCGCACAUAUUCUCGAAUUCGUCUUCGAAAAUGCCUGCUUAUAUUGGGGUGGAACUAUGGGUUACGGAAAUCCCAAGACACUCUCCGAUUCAUCAGUGAAAAACUGCAAAGGAGAUAUUCGAGAAUUUAAGCCAACCGUUCUUGUUGGUGUUCCUGCUGUUUGGGAAUCUGUCAAGAAAGGCAUUGUCGCAAAGGUCAACUCAGGCAGCCCGGUUGUCCGAAACCUGUUCUGGAGUGCUCUCUGGGCUAAGAAUAACUUGCUGCAUUGGGGACUUCCUGGAUCUGGAGUACUUGAUGCCAUAGUCUUCAAGAAGGUGAAGGAGGCUACGGGUGGACGGUUGAGAAUAUGUAUGAAUGGAGGAGGACCGAUUGCAAAAGAUACCCAACGUUUCAUCUCAAUGGCUAUCACGCCUAUGAUCAACGGGUACGGGUUGACCGAGACAACUGCCAUGGGCGCUUUGAUGGACCCCUUCGAGUGGACCGAUGAUGCACAUGGUGAUAUUCCAGGAUCGGUCGAAAUUAAGCUGGUCGACUUCCCUGAUGCGGGAUACUUCGCAACCAACAAGCCCAAUCCUCAGGGUGAGGUUUGGAUUCGAGGCGUGACCGUCAUGGAAGGCUACUACCAAAAUGAUCAGGAGACGAAGGAGGCUCUCACUUCAGAUGGCUGGUUCAAGACCGGUGAUAUUGGAGAGUGGGACAAGAAUGGUCAUCUCAAGAUCAUCGACCGCAAGAAGAAUCUUGUCAAGACACUGAAUGGAGAGUACAUUGCUCUGGAGAAGCUGGAAUCAGUCUACAGAUCUGCUACAGUGGUGGCUAAUAUUUGUGUCUAUGCUGAUCAGCAGCGGACAAAGCCAGUUGCUAUCAUUGUGCCAGCGGAACCAGCCUUGAAGAAGCUGGCGGACAGAAUCGGUGUCGAGGGAAGUGGCAUCGAGGAUUUGGCGCAUAACUCGAAGGUUCAGGCUGCGGUCUUGAAGGAGUUGCAGCAGGCUGGAAGAGCAGGAGGAUUGAGUGGAAUUGAGAUUAUUGAGGGAGUAGUGUUGGCCGACGAUGAAUGGACACCUCAGAAUCAACUGGUUACUUCCGCUCAAAAGCUCAACCGAAGAGGCAUCCUCAAGAAGUAUCAAAAGGAGGUCGAUGCAGCUUAUGCCAAAAACAGCUAA